GGAGAACCUGCAGAUAUUCAGAUCAAAGGAAGCCAUGGAGCCAAUUUCCGUGCGCGCCACGCUGAGCGGGCCGCUGGAGCGCUCGCCGCGCUUUGCGCCCUGCGUGCGCUGUGGGCACAGGCGGCCGCAGCGAAAGCUUGCGCCCGUGUUGGGCGCUUGCAUGGGCGCGGGCUUGGCCGUCGCGCGGAAAGUGCGGCGCCGGGCGACCGAUGUGGAGCGGCCGUUGGAAUCCCUGGUGGAGGUGCAGGGGGAGUACAUCAAGGACCUGCCGGCUGAGCGGUUGGCUGCCCUCCGCGCCGUGUUCCCGGAACUCAGCGACACGGAGAAGAUUCGGCUGGUGAGCGAGGACCCGCCAGUGCUUCUUCUAGAGCAGUUGCUCAGCGAGGAAGAGUGCGAGGCCUUCGUUGAAUCUAUGCGGGAUCCCGAUGGCAGCUUCCCUGAGCGUUUGGGGCAAGCCAACCUCGACGUGCCGGGCUGGCUGACGCCGCUGCGCGCGGCUUUUCGGGGCGUCCCCGUGCUGGACUGGCUGGGGAAUCCCACGGUGCGGUGGACCUACCGGAGCAGGUGCCUGUUGGAUUCUUACCUCCAGAAGGUUCGGGACCGGUGUGGCCUGGACCUGUCCUAUGGGGCUGCCAACAUAAAGCACUACCGCCAGGACCAGUGGCUGCCCGUCCAUAUCGACUACAAUCGAGCGACUCUGAUGACGUAUCUCAACGAGGUGGGCGACGGAGGCCACACGCUCUUCCCCACCCUGGGCAUCAAAGUGAAGCCGGCACGGGGUAGCGCGCUGGUGUGGCCCAACCAGCCGCCGCUGAAGCACGCGGGGGACGCUGUGAAGCAAGGGGAGAAAUGGAUCCUCUUCUACAACUGGCCUGCUGAGCAGAACUGGGAGUACGACGGGAACUUCGAGUUCAACGCCUGACGUCUCUCGUGCCGCUGCGUGGCGUGGCAAACCGCGCUCCCAUGCAGCACGGUCUGCCUGGCGCCCUGGCGUUGCUGAACAUCCGCAAAGUGCGGGGAGUGUUUUGACCCUGUUACAAGGGAGCAAAAUAGAAAUACAGGAG